UUAUGUUCAUAUCAAAGUUUGUGUUUAAUUACGAAUCAUUAACCUUCCGAAGCGAAAUUCGAACUGUUGUUUCGAUAAUUGGAGUUGUAAUGACUUGUAGAUUUGUAGACAACUUCAUUUGUGUAACCAGUUAUGACAGAUUAAUUUUGCCUGUGUUCGAGUUCGAAGGAAACAGAAUGAGUUAUAUGCUGUUUGUAAAUAAAGCGUGGUGUAAAUAGUGUGAUCGUUAAUUACAAAAAACACAUAUUUUAUGUGAAUUUGUUAUGAGAUAUAUGAAACAUAUCUACCCGAUUAAUAUGAACAAAAUUUUGAUUUAAGAAAAUUGAUUGCUUAUAACUUUUUUCCAAUUAGUAUAGGGAAUCGGUAAAUAUGAAAAUCGAAAGAUUUUGGAAACGUCGAUUUUUGCGAAAAAAGUUGAAAUAUACGUUAAUUUGUGUAUUCAUAGUUUCUAUUAUUUUCGUUGCUCAUCAGUUAGUUUACUUUAAAAAACUUAAUCAAGUGAUCGUAGGAAAAUACAUUAGUGGAUCUGUACGAAAAACUAAUUAUAUCGAUGGUAAAAUGAGUUCAAGAUGGAAUGAACCAUUGCAUUCAAAAUUACUUCGCGAUAAAAAAGGUCGAACUGUAUCGUUACGUGGAACGCGUGAUCAAGAUAUUUCAAAAUACUUGCCAAAUGUACGGGGGAAAUUUGUUUGUUUUACUUCAAAAGACGAAAUAGACUUUUUUAAAAUUAAUGAUAACUACUGUGAUUGUCCUUUGGAUGGUAGUGAUGAACCUGGUACCAAUGCAUGUAAUAAUGGUGCCUUUAAUUGUGAACUUUCAUCCUUGCAAUUUAUAGUCCCAAUAAAAAUACCAUCUUAUAAAGUUAAUGAUGGAUAUUGUGAUUGUUGCGAUGGAUCUGAUGAAUGGGCUGAAGUUAAAUUAUCACGCUUAAAUAAUGUUUUAAAAAGAUAUAAAUCAAAGCUAGUCAUGCACUGUGAUUCAAACUUUACAACGGUGUGGGAUCCUCUUCAAAUAUUUAAUUAUACACAUUAUAAGUACGCUGUUGUUAUACUGAACAGUCCACUUUAUUGGAAAGAUAAUACUUUACUUCAAAUUUGGAAAAGAGCUCAGGUUAAUGUUACUGUUGAUGGUGGAACGUACAGAUGGCUACAUUAUUUAGAAGAGCAAGGUAUUGAUUUAUUAAAUGAAGAUAAUACUGAAUAUGUACCAAAUUUAAUUACUGGUGAUAUGGAUAGUUGCUCUCCUUUAAUUCUUGAAAAACUAAAGAGUAUGGGCUCGAUGAUUAUUAAAACACCUGAUCAAGAUCACACAGACUAUACGAAAGCUUUGCUUCAAUUGGGACAAUAUGCUAAAAAAGAAGAUAUAGAGUUAAAUGGAAUAUACGUGUUUGCAGACACUUCAGGGAGAUUUGAUCAUAUCAUGGGAAAUAUUAAUACACUUUAUAGAAGCGAUAAGAUUAUUGAACAUGUACAAGUGAUUCAAAUUGCAAACAAUUCAUUGACAUGGGUUUUAAGACCGGGUCUUCAUAGUAUAAUCAUUCCUAAAAUUUUGGUAGAAAACAAUAGCUGGUGUGGACUGUUACCAAUUGGUGCACCUGUUAACAGUAUAAUAACAACUGGUUUGAAAUGGAAUUUAAACAAUGCAACAUUACAAUUUGGGAGUCUUGUGAGUUCUUCAAAUACAUAUGACAAUUGCUCUGAAGUAACUAUAAAUACAGAUUCACCUGUGAUAUGGACUAUGGGUAUAGAACCACUUCAAAAGAAUACAAGUAAUUAUGAAAUAUCACAAAAUACUUGAUGGCAUUCUGUGUUAAUCGUUUUUCAAUAUUUUCUG